AUGAUUGUUCCGUUCGCUCUCCACCCGGAGGCCGUGCCCUCGCGCUAUGUUGACGGCUACCGGGCUUUUGAGGAGUGUGGUCAUGGUCCUGUCAGCGCGAAGCAGGCUAUGAUUCUGUUUUACGACCUCGGCUCCCCAGAAGCCUCGGAAUGCCAAGAUAGUGUCAUUUCCUCCGCACAGCUCAUAUCUAGGGGGAGUCAAGAGCUAACGCAGUCCUACAACUGCCCACACUCUGACUCUCUCGGUGGACAUUCCACAAGAGCCGCGCUAACCAUCGAACAGGGAAGCGAUAAACACGCCGCAGCCAAGAUGCCAGCCAUCGCCCCAUCCGAGCCCUUGACCUUCGCUCAGGCGAUGGAAUUGGAACGGGUCCCAUCAGAGGACGAAAUCUAUCUAAGCCGGUAUCCCGCACUGUCGUAUGACUAUGCCCCCGGGAAACCGCUGAGCGUGCAGAGAUCGUACGGCGGACAUGUUUACGCGCAGGCGAUAUGGGCUGCGAGCCAGACAAUCCGCGACACGGGGCUGCGAGUCCACGAAGCGAACGGAUACUGGACGCAGGCCGGCCACGCCAACCGCCCGUUCGUCUUCGAGAUCAAGACCCUCUCCCAGACCCGAUCGUUCGUCCUGCGACAAGUGACGGCCCGCCAGCCGACCACACCAUCGGAUGUCUGCCCGUUUCCUCUGUCUGAUGCAUCUAAGUCGCUGGGUCCGGUGGCCUUCGCCUUGACGUGUUCGUUCAAGGCGCCGGAAGAAGGCCCUGGGUACUGGAUCAAGCUCAACCGGGAGAAGUACAGCGAUCUGCUCCAGAAAGAUCCCACGAUGCAUCCCGCAAGCGAGUAUGUGCGAGGCCCCAACCGAGCAGGGACGAUCAAAUUGGCGGAUUUUCCUGGAAUCGAGGUUCGCACGCCCGAUUUGACCGCGUAUAACGAGAAGAACCGGGGCACGGAGCACCGCAGAAUGCAUAUCUACCGUGGAGUCGCUCCGCUGAUCGUGGAUCCCAACAUGAUUGCUGCAGCGCAUGCAUUUGUGUCGGAUCGUGCGGGACUGAGUGUGUUGCUGCAUACGUUUGAGGCGAAGACGCUCGGGGUGUCUGGAAGCCUAAACCAUAAGAUGGUCUUCCACAUCGACCCCGAGAAGCUGAAACUGGACGAGAAGGGGUGGUUCAUUCAGGAGAUGUCCAGUAGCCGCGGCGCAGAGGGGCGCGCGAUCAUCGAAAGUCGGAUUUGGGAUCCUUCUGGGGAAUUGGUUGCCUCGACUGUUCAGGACGCCAUGUUCCGGAGUAUCAAGCCCAAGUUGUCAUAG